AAAUUGCAUAAAAGUAUGGAACGAAUGAUAAGACAAAACGCAGCGUUCAAUCAUAAGGAAGUCCGCGAGUCCUUUCCACACUCGUUCUUCUUCUUCUUGAAUUGGAAGACUUUUUGAAGUAAACAAAACCAAACCCAAAAGCUUCCACCAUAUCCAAAACCCAAAGCUCCAACCUUCACAACAUUCUCACCACCCUUUACCUCUCCAACAAGAAACUCGAUCCAAUCUGAGAAACCAAGAUGAAGAUCACAGUAAUGACCGCCGAUGAGCAGAUCAUCUCCUUAGACGUCGACCCUCAUGAGACUGUUGAAAACGUGAAGGCUCUUCUGGAAGUGGAGACCAGGGUGCUGCUUCAGAAUCAGCAGCUGCUCUAUAAUGGUAGGGAGGUUAGGAAUGCCGAGAAACUGAGUGCGCUCGGUGUCAAAGAUGAUGACUUGAUCAUGAUGGUACCCAGUGCCGUGUCCAGUGCUUCCAGCAAUACACUGAGAUUCAAUCCAGACGGGUCAGCUGUUGAUCCAGGAGCUUUCCAGCAGCAGAUUAGGAGUGAUUCUAAUGCAGUGGCACAGUUGUUUCAGAGUAAUCCUGAAUUCGCACAAGCUAUUCUUGGAGACGAUCUCAAUAGACUGCAGGAAGUAUUAAGACAGCUUCACCGUGAAAAACUUGAACAUCAACGACAGCAAGAGGAGGAGAAUGCUCUUCAUUUUGCAGAUCCUUUUGAUGUUGAAACCCAGAAGAAGAUUGAAGCUGCUAUUCGCCAGAAAGGAAUUGAUGAAAAUUGGGCUGCAGCUGUUGAACAUAACCCGGAAUCUUUUGCAAGGGUGAUUAUGUUGUAUGUUGACAUGGAAGUUAAUGGUGUCCCCAUCAAGGCAUUUGUUGACAGUGGAGCACAGUCAACAAUUAUAUCAAAAAGCUGUGCUGAACGUUGUGGAUUGUUGAGGCUAUUAGAUCAACGUUUCAAAGGUAUUGCUCACGGCGUUGGUCAAACAGAGAUAUUGGGUCGAAUACACGUAGCUCCUAUCAAGAUUGGGAAUAAUUUUUACCCCUGCUCCUUCUCGGUACUGGAUGCAACCAAUAUGGAGUUCCUCUUUGGGUUAGAUAUGCUUCGAAAGCAUCAGUGCAGUAUAGACUUGAAGGAUAAUGUGUUGAGAGUUGGCGGGGGCGAAGUCUCUGUGCCAUUUUUACAAGAGAAAGACUUACCAUCUCAGUUUCGGGAUGAAAAAGUGUUAUCCAAGGAAACAUCCAGCUCAGGAGCUCCUGUGAUAUCUGGAACUACAGAUAAAAGCAAGAAUGUAUCAACUGGAGGGCAAUCAUCUGGGGGUGCUCAUCCUGAUACAAGUCAGGCACCUGAUUUUGAAGCGAAAGUUGCAAAGCUUGUUGAGCUUGGGUUCGGGAGAGAUGCAGUAAUACAAGCUCUCAAAUUUUUUGAUGGCAAUGAAGAACAAGCUGCAGGUUUUCUCUUUGGCGGCUGAAUUGUAGACCUAAAAUGCAUACAUUGUUCAAGUGAUAAGAUCACGCUGGGUAUUUAAGGGUACCCAUACAUUUAGUUGGUUGAUACCCAUAAAGCAACCUAGCGACUUACAAUGAGGAUCAAACGAUGCAAUUUACAUGAUAAACCAUUUGCAGUUCCAAGACAGCUGUUGUUCAAGUGAUUUUCUUGGGCUUUAGUUUUCAUGUUGCUAUAUUUCUUCCAGAUUGAAUUCAUUA